UUUUGGGGUGAUCUCAAAAUUCUUUCUAUUUUGGAUCAACAGUCAGCUUUCACGAAGUUUCCAUGCUUUUUAUACUUAUGGGAUAACAGAGACCGUGAAAAUCAUUACGUCAAAGUGCAUUGGCCUGCGACAAAAUCCACGGAACCCGGUCAAAAAAAUAUCAUCAACAAGCCUUUGGUAGAGCCAUCCAAGAUUUUUCUUCCUCCUCUCCACAUUAAACUUGGUUUGAUGAAACAAUUUGUCAAAGCACUGAAUAAGGAUGGUUCAUAUUAUGCAUACUUGGCAAAAAAAUUUCCAGCAAUAACUGAUGCGAAAUUGAAAGAAGGAAUCUUCGAUGAUGCAAUCCGUACAAUAUUAAGAGAUGGAGCAUUCAUUGUUACAAUGAAUGUUAAAGAAAAGGCUGCGUGACUU